AUGGCUUUGAAUGGAUCAAUUUCGAUUAUUUGGCUCGAUGCUUAUAUUGGCUUAGCUGAUGAAUGUAAAGGAAUAAAGAAAUUAUUUCAAUCUGAACUUGCAUCAGCAGCAGCAAUAUUUCCGGUUCCAGUCGAUCCAAUUAAUGAAAUGAUUUGUUGUAUCAGUGAAUUAGCAGCACCUAUUUCAUUUGCACCGUCAAUACCCGAUGCAUUAGACCUUAUUGAAGCACAUUUAGGAAAUGAGGAAAAAGUGAUUGUAAUUACUUCUGGUUCAUUAGGAAAUGAUCUUAUUUCUGGCAUUCAAGAGCGAAAUUUUGACAUUCAUUCCUAUUAUAUAUUUUGUGGUAAAAUAAUGAAUCAUGUUGAAUGGGCAUCAGAAAAACUUGCCGAUGGUCUUGACAUCAUCAUGUUUGAUUUUGAAAUUGAUCUUUUGUUACGGUUAUCCAGAGAAUUGAGUAAACAAUUGAUUGAAAACGGUAGAAAUUUAUUAGGCAAUGAUCCUCAUUCAGCUUUAAAAUAUUUUGAGUGUGCUCGUGCAUUAGCUGAAAAAGCAGUUGAACGUGAUGCACCAAAAGACGAAAAAGAUACUCAUCGUCCAUCGAUUAGCCAUCGGCGACUUUUAGAUGGUGACAAUGGUCUUAUUGCGCAAGCAAAACGAGCUUGUAAUGAUACAAGUAAUUCAUAA